GUAAUCGACCGCAUACGAUAAUCCAACGAAAUAGUUCAAAGGUCAAUCUGGGGGAUCGUGCUUGACGCCGUGACCGCAAGGGUGAAUCAGCGGUCCAUCCAAAACCUGUCCCUGCACACGCACACACCGAAUCCCCACCUCCCUCUCUCUCUCUCUCCCGCGAAAAUCCAACGAAGCUCUCAGUCUAUCUACAACUGGAUAUGCCACUGGAGCUCUAGGGUUUUACACAGUGUUUGAGUCGAAACCGGCUCGGAUCCAGCAGAUUCCGGUCGGGAAAAUGAGGCACAGGAGCGACCCGAGUUCCACCACCUCGCUGGUCAAGUACGUCCUGGUCGGACUCAUUGCGUUGCUCGGGUUGGCCUGUUUGUACUACGGGUCGUACUUCGCUCCGGGCUCGCGUAGAUCGGACGACGAGGACGGAUCCGACCAGGUAUUCGGCAGUUUCGUCCUGAACCACGAUCCCGAAGAUUUGCUUGAGGACCAAGAGCACAAUCCUGAGGUCCCCAAGAGCAUUCCUAUCUGUGAUUUGAGAUUUUCGGAGUUGAUACCUUGUUUAGAUAGGAACCUUAUCUACCAACUGAAAUUGAAACCCAAUUUGGCGUUAAUGGAGCACUACGAACGGCACUGCCCACCUCCGGAGCGCCGUUAUAACUGCCUCAUUCCGCCCCCAGUUGGUUAUAAGAUCCCUAUAAGAUGGCCAGCAAGUAGGGACGAAGUGUGGAAGGCGAAUAUACCCCACACUCAUCUUGCACAAGAGAAAUCAGAUCAGAAUUGGAUGGUUGUUAAUGGGGAGAAGAUAAAUUUUCCCGGUGGAGGCACCCAUUUCCAUUACGGAGCUGACAAGUACAUCAUUGCUCUUGCUAAGAUGCUUAAGUUUCCUGGUGAUAAACUCUACAAUGGUGGCAAUAUCCGAAAUGUUCUUGAUGUGGGUUGUGGUGUUGCAAGUUUUGGGGCCUAUCUUCUUUCCCAUAGCAUUAUAGCCAUGUCUCUUGCACCUAAUGAUGUACAUGAGAAUCAAAUACAAUUUGCCCUGGAGAGGGGGAUUCCAGCAACCCUUGGUGUCUUGGCUACAAAAAGACUUCCUUAUCCAAGCAGAUCAUUUGAACUGGCUCAUUGUUCACGAUGUCGAAUUGAUUGGCUUCAAAGAGAUGGAAUUCUCUUAUUAGAACUUGACAGAUUACUAAGACCAGGAGGGUAUUUUGUGUAUUCUUCUCCUGAAGCAUAUGCACAGGAUCCAGAAAAUCGAAGGAUCUGGAAUGCUAUGUCCAAUCUUCUAAGAAGAAUGUGCUGGAAAGUUGUUGCAAAACAUGACCAGACUGUUAUAUGGGCAAAGCCAUUGACGAAUAGCUGUUAUUCAAAGAGAGAACCUGGGACAUUGCCCCCUUUGUGCAGUUCUGAGGAUGAACCGGAUGCAACUUGGAAUGUGUCCAUGAAGGCGUGCAUCUCCCCGUACUCUGCAAAGAUGCACAAGGAAAAGGGGAGUGGACUAGUUCCUUGGCCACAGAGGCUUACUGCAGCACCUCCUCGCCUGGAAGAAAUUGGUGUGAGCACUGAGGAAUUCCAAGAGGACGCUAGCAUUUGGCAUUUUAGAGUGGUUGAAUACUGGAAGCAAAUGAAAUCUGUUAUACAGAAAGAUUCCAUCAGAAAUGUCAUGGAUAUGAACUCAAAUCUUGGUGGGUUUGCUGCUGCCCUUAGUGAUAAAGAUGUCUGGGUGAUGAAUGUUGCUCCUGCCAGCACAUCUGCCAGAUUGAAGAUUAUAUAUGAUCGGGGCUUAAUUGGAACUGUUCAUGACUGGUGUGAAGCAUUUUCUACAUAUCCACGUACAUACGAUCUUCUGCAUGCCUGGACAGUGUUCUCAGAGAUUGCAGAGCAUGGAUGUGGUGCAGAGGAUCUACUAAUUGAAAUGGAUCGAAUACUACGGCCAGAUGGGUUUGUCAUCAUUAGAGACAAACCCUCUGUCAUAAACUAUAUUAGGAAGUUUGUGACUGCGUUAAGGUGGGAUGGUUGGGUAUCAGAAGUAGAGCCUAGGAUUGAUGCUCUCUCCUCAACUGAAGAAAGAGUUAUGAUUGCAAGAAAGAAGUUGGGGGAUGAGGGGAUUGCGACAAUGUGAAUCUGCUUCUGUGAUCAGGCAUGCGAGCUGCACUUUUGGGAGUCUCUAAGCUACCAUGGAAAAGAAACUAUGGGGUGCCAAGAGCCUGGAAGCCCUUCAGUCGCUAUUUGGGACAGGUAUAUUGAGGUAAAAAAUGGGACUACAGCAUAUAGAGGUACAAUCCUGCGGAAUGUGUAAGUAUACAAGAUACAGCUAGGGCCAAUGGCAACCAUACCAUCCAUGAAAAGUAGAAGCAUACAUGCAUAAGGAGAUUAUUUUUGUAUUUAUUGGGAAUGUGAUUUUUCGUGAUUAAAAUUAAUCUGUAAUUGUUACAUAGACCUACAGAUAGGUUACUUUUAACCUCAAUUUAACUCGAUUUAUUCA